AUGGCCGCCCCAGACUACUUUGCGCGCAAACCGUCAUACAACCGCUCCCGUUCUGGUCUGGGUGUCCCUGGAGCCACUACCCCGGCUUCACCUCACACCCCACUGUUGUCCCGCUCCCUCUCGAGCCAACUCACCUCGCCUGGUGCCUCUUAUCGCGCUGAGGAAGACACCCUGAUCUAUGAACUCGGUUCACGAUCCUUUCGUGCAGGAUUCGCUGGCGACUCCGCUCCGAGAUGCAUCAUUCCCUUUGGCCCUGACCAACAAAGGCGCCUGAACGACUUCACCACCACAUCCACCACACGGCGCUCUGACAAUGAUUGGGCAAGAGAUUGGGAACUAUGGGAUCUAGAUAUUCGGCAUAUGAAUCUUGGUCUGAUCGAGGACAAGAUCGAACGCGCUAUACGAAAUGCCCAUACCAGUUACCUCAUGCUGGAUCAACGCCCGCGUAAGGUCUUUCUUGUCCUGCCUUCGGCUUUGCCUCACCCACUCGUCUCUCUCACUCUCAACGUCGUCUUCAAUGCCUUCCAACCCGCCACCGUUCAACUAUGGACGCCACCUGUACUGUGCGCUGUCUCUGCCGGUUUGCGCUCCGCCUUGAUUGUCGAUAUUGGAUGGCACGAGACCACAAUCACCGCCCUAUACGAGUAUCGCGAGGUCCUCCAUAGAAGGUCAACUCGCGCUGGUAAACUGCUUACCCAAAAUAUGGCCGACACUCUUCGCAAGCACGCUCCUACCUCAGGUUCUCUCUCCUUUGAUACGGCUGAAGAUGUCGCAAUGCGUAUGGCUUGGUGCCGCAGUUCACACGAUCAACACCUUGAUGACAGCGUGAACCUCCCACUCGGAUCCUCAUCGGCGCAAAUCCCGUUCAAUUGUUUAGCGGACCCAGCCGAGAAAACCUUCUUCUCUACGUCUGUUCCACUCGAGCAGAUUGAUGACCACGAUCUUCCUAUACACCUUCUGGCAUACAAGUGCUUGCUAUCACUUCCACUAGAUGUACGCGCCAUCUGUGUUUCACGCAUCCUCAUCACUGGUGGUGUAAGCGACAUACCGGGCUUCAAGCCUCGUCUGUUACGAGAAGUUGAGAGCAUAGUCAAUGCCAAAGGGUGGAAUCCGGUCAUGAACUAUGGCUCUGCUACACAAAAGAGACAGCAAUCAGUAAAUCAGCAGACGAUGUCAAUACCAACAAGAACCAAGCAACCUGAUGCCAAUGAUUCAGAUAAUCAUGUCGCUGAUCCAGCGGAUGAACAGCUUCUGGCUCGCAACGCGCCGCAAGAACGCGAUGAGGUUGCCGAAAAGCUACAGCGUGAAGUGCUGAAGCGCGGUAUCACAACACAAGGCGAGGUGCGAGGAGUGCAGACGUUGGGCGCUUGGGCAGGAGCCUCGCUGGUUGCUAGUCUCAAGGUGGAUGCUGCGUUUGAGGUAAAGAGGGAUGACUUUUUCAAGAACGGUCUCGGUUCGUUAGGUCAUGCCUUCUAG